CCUCCGGCUCUGCAGUGGCGGCGGGGCGGCGAGCCGGAGCGCAGCGGGGCCGGGGCCGGAGCCGAGCCGGGGUCGGGGCCGCAGCGGGGACCCUCAGAGGCGGGGCCAGUGGGACUGCGAUGGGCGUGGAGAUCGAGACCAUCUCCCCGGGAGACGGAAGGACAUUCCCCAAGAAGGGACAGACGUGUGUGGUGCACUACACAGGAAUGCUCCAAAAUGGGAAGAAAUUCGAUUCAUCCAGAGACAGAAACAAACCUUUCAAGUUCAGAAUUGGCAAACAGGAAGUCAUCAAGGGUUUUGAAGAGGGUGCAGCCCAGCUGGGUCCUCUUUCUCCUCUUCCCAUCUGCCCCCAUCCCUGCUAGAUGAGCUUGGGGCAGAGGGCGAAGCUGACCUGCACCCCUGAUGUGGCGUAUGGAGCCACGGGCCACCCUGGUGUCAUCCCUCCCAAUGCCACCCUCAUCUUUGACGUGGAGCUGCUCAACCUAGAGUGAAGGCAGGAAAGAACGCAAGGUGGCUGGAGAUGGCUGCUGCUCACCCUCCCAGCCUGCUCUGCCACUGGGACGGCUCCUCCUGCUUGGGGCUCUUGAUCAGUGCGCUAACCUCACUGCCCCACAGCAUCAUCCAUUCUCUGACCAAGUUGCUCUGUAUGUGUUCAUCGUUUACGCACAUCUUUGCUUGAGGAAACUUUGGUUGCAGAUCAAAACAUUUCAGGUUGUGCAUUUUGCGUGAUGCAUGUAGUAGCCAUUUCUGAUCACAUAAUACAGAUUUCUUGUUCGCACAAUCUACACUGCCUUACUUAAGCCAGACACACAAGGUGCUCAGACGUGAAAUGUACAUGGUAUACACAGAGGGACUUGAGCCAGUUACCUUUGCUGUCACUUUCUCUCUUACAAAUUCUGUUGGCUGCUGACUUACACAAUGUCCUCUUUGGAAAUGAUAUGUAAAAUAAAGGCUCUGUGCUUGACAAA